UGCACUGUAUGAAAAAGCAGGCGCAUGUCUCCGCUUUUACGUCAGCGGCGGAAGGUCAGCGCUCAAACGGAAGUGAGAGUCAGAGCCCAUCCGCCAUUGUGGAGCAGAGCAGGGCAGCCAACCUCCCCCAGCCGUUUGACGUUCGCUGUCAGUACCGCCGAAAGGACCGCUGCCGACCGUUUGAAACCGGGCGAGGAGAUCAACGCCUGAGAAAUACGCUGUGAUUAUAGGGCAAUCCGGAGAGAGGAAAAACAACGUGAACCCGCAGCGGUGGCAGGAGAGACAGCCGUGGACAGUCAUAACAGCGAUCAGCUCGGGCUCCCGGAGGAUGUCUGCGACAACUGUCGAUCAGAGACCUAAAGGACAAGGAAACAAAGUGCAAAACGGCUCGAUGCAUCAGAAGGAUGCUGUAAAUGAUGAUGACUUUGACAAUUACCUGAGCAGCCAGACAAAUCAGAGUAAUAGCUACCCACAAAUGUCUGAUCCCUACAUGCCCAGCUAUUAUGCGCCCUCUAUCGGAUUCCCUUACUCCCUGGGAGAGGCUGCUUGGUCCACCGCAGGAGACCCGCCUAUGCCAUACCUGACCACGUAUGGACAGAUGAGCAAUGGUGAGCAUCACUUCAUUCCCGACGGAGUCUUCAGUCAACCUGGUGCUUUAGGCAACACGCCCCCUUUUCUCAGCCAACACGGAUUUAACUUCUUUCCUGGAAAUGCAGACUUUUCCACCUGGGGCACCAGUGGUUCUCAGGGACAGUCUACACAGAGCUCAGCAUACAGCAGCAGUUACGGAUAUCCCCCGAGCUCAUUGGGCCGGGCCAUUGCUGAUGGACAGGCCGGAUUUGGCAGUGACUCGCAACUUAGUAAAGUUCCAGGGCUCAGUAGUAUCGAUCAGGGAAUGGCCGGGCUCAAGCUCGGCUCUGACAUGUCGGCCGUUACAAAAACGGUUGGAUCUCCUUUAGGUGGGACGGCGGGUAUGAGUAGCAUGGCUGCCAACAGCAUGCCACCCGUCAGCUCCUCUGCACCAAAACCCACCUCGUGGGCUGCCAUCGCGAGGAAACCGGCGAAACCUCAGCCCAAGUUGAAGACUAAGCCCAACAUGGGUUUAGGAAGUGGCGCCACAAUUCCUCCUCCGCCGAUAAAGCAUAACAUGAACAUUGGGACCUGGGAGGACAAAGGCUCCAUCACCAAGCCCCCUCAUGCGCAGCAGAUGCUCCCGCCUCAGCCCUUGGUGCAGCAGCAACUCUUGGCCCAACCUCAGCCCAUGCUGCAGAGUCCAUUGCCUCCUCAACCCCAACACCAGCAGCUCCAGCUACAAUCUCCCCAGCACCCUCAGCAGCUGCCUCCAGGUCCUCCUCACCCUCACCCUCACCAUCACCAUCACUCGCAACCAGGUCCCCCGCAGCCCCUGCACCCACCUCAGGUACAGAACCUCCCACCCCAAAACCGCUGGGUGGCUCCUCGGAACAGAGGAACCACAUUUAACCAGAACAGCGGCAUGGAGAACUUUGGCCUUGGGACGGGAGUCCCCAUGAGCUCAUCGCCUUCUUCCAGUGAGGUUCACCCUGUGCUGGAGAAGCUCAAGGCCAUCAACAAUUACAACCCCAAAGACUUUGACUGGAACUUGAAGAACGGACGGGUCUUUAUCAUCAAGAGCUACUCAGAGGAUGACAUCCACCGUUCCAUCAAGUACUCCAUCUGGUGCAGCACAGAGCAUGGAAACAAGCGUCUGGAUGGUGCCUACCGCUCGCUCGGUGCCAAAGGUCCACUGUACCUGCUCUUUAGCGUCAACGGCAGCGGACACUUCUGCGGUGUGGCUGAGAUGAAGUCAACCGUGGACUAUAACGCCUACGCCGGUGUCUGGUCCCAGGAUAAGUGGAAGGGCAAGUUUGAGGUGAAAUGGAUCUUUGUUAAGGACGUGCCCAAUAACCAACUGCGGCACAUUCGCUUAGAAAACAAUGACAACAAGCCUGUCACCAACUCCAGGGACACUCAGGAAGUGCCCCUAGAAAAGGCAAAGCAAGUGCUUAAAAUUAUUGCGACUUUCAAGCAUACCACCUCAAUCUUUGAUGAUUUUGCACAUUACGAAAAGCGGCAGGAGGAAGAGGAAGCCAUGCGAAGGGUAAGCGCAGCUUUCUGCCACUCUUCACAAUAGCAGAAAGCAGGCACUGCACCUUUAGAUCUCCUAAACAUUGUUACGUUUUAGUGCUGUCAGCAUGUCCAUCCAUUUCCAAAGGUAGGUUUUUUAAUAGCAACUAAUUUCCAAGCAUUUCUGUCUCUUUUGAGUUUCAGAAAUAGGCAGCAGCAAGACAAAAACAGUGCAGUCAGUCAUAAUUAGAAAUGAAAUGUUAGAUCUGGUAACUCCGUACAUCAUUAAUGGUGGUCACAUAAUAAGUUGUUUGUGUUAUUGCUCAACACGGCUUGCACAUAACACAUUUCCCCUAUAUUUCAAUUAACUGAACUGCUAAAGUCUCAGAAGAUAGGUAUUGUGAAAUAAAUGGUUCUUUAAAAAAUAAAAUGAAAAAAGUCUCUGACCAUUUAUUGACAAAGGCUGGCGUUGAGCUGUGACGCCAAUCAGUGUCUCUGCUCAAACAGCAGGCAGAUGUCCCAUUAAUAGAUUGGACUUACAUCAUUUCCUGCCCAACCAACACAAAUAAUUGAUGUCUGUGCCCGUUACCAGCUGCUUUUUGUCCUUGUAUGUGAGUUAUGAAAACAGCAUUUAGAUUUUGGGGGUUUAUCAGGUCAAACCUUUAAAAAUGUAUAUUAUGUCUUGCCUCUGUACUAAUAGUCAUUCAGUAUCUCAUCCUAAUAGAGCUUAAACUUGUUUGGAAGUUGUUGGAAAUUGUUCGGCACUAGAAAGUUUAAUAUCUACACUAAACUCAUUGUUUAGUGGCCCAACUUUGUACUACUGUGAUCAUGUACUCACUUCAAAGUUUUGGAAGUGACUCCCAAACUUGUGAUGGUUUACAUGGCGAUAACCAUUGCAAUGUUUUGCCGUCACGUGCCUGUAUAGAAUAAACAUGAAUGAAUGCCAGCAGUUUUUUAGUUUUAGAUAUUUUGACCAUAGCUACCAUAAAUGUUUUAAUUGUCCAGCAAUUGUCAAUAAACUUUGGCUGAACAGAGUUCUGUGUUUUAUCGGUGUUAAGCUGCUGCUUUUACUCCUGUGAAUAACCAAAUUGUGAAUUGACUGAAAUUGUUGCUGCAUGUAUAUGACCUGUAUGCAGCACUGCAGCUCUAUUGGCCUUGUUACAUCAGCAUGUCAUUUGUAUUCAGCUGAUUGAGUAUUUGUCACUUACACGAUAUAUGUGCAUCUUUACGUAAGCCAAUUUAGGAUGAACUUGUUAGUCAAGAAUAUAAAUGGAAAAAUUGCAAUCAAAAUGGCGCUUGGCUUAAUCAUGAUGUCUUGUUGUACUUGGACUUAUUUAGCUUCUUUUUUUUUUGUGAGAGAUUAUCAAACCUCAGAUUAAGUUUUUCUCAGAACUUCAUUUCUUUCUAUUUCAUUACCUUGCCAAUCAUGUGUAGAUUGCCAAAGCCAUAAUAAAAUCAACUAUUUAAAUUAAAAGGGUCUCCAAGGCCUCUGGUUUAAUUUGUGAAAUCUAAUGCUUUAUUUAAUCCAAUGAAGUGAUCUUAAUUUGUGGCAUACAGAAGUGUAUAUAAAAAAAAAUAUUUGCAUUAUAUAGCAUGGCACUGUGCAUUCAUAAAUGUGUGAUGCUUAACUGCGGUUAUUUAUUUUUUAUUAUCAUCAGAAACGUCAAGCAUUUAAGAAUGAUGAGCUAAUAAAUUCUAAUCUAUUGUCAGUCUGCGUCAUUGACAUUUUGACCACUGAUUUAGUCGCCAACAGUGGGCUGUAAAAGCACUGUCUAUAAUGCAGUCAGUAUCUCCAAUUAAGUGUAUUAAAACCUUCAAGUGGCACAUGGCUUUAUGUUGUUUGGAAAUGCAUGAGCCAGGCUGGAGUCAUACAUGACUCUUGAUGUAGCUAACAUGCCUCAGCUUAGCCAGUAACAUGAAUGUUUUUUUGUGCCCACUGCCUUUUUUGCCUCAUAUCUUUAUGAUAGCUUUAAAUGUAACAGAUUGAUGCAUUAAAAUAUAUGUUAACCUUC